UCUAUUUAAUCUAUUUGCAGAAAUCUAUAAAAAGAAGUGUUGCUGCUGAACGACUUCACAUACGAGUUUUAAACAUGAGAGCAGUGGCUGUUUUGGGAUUAAUAACAAUUGGCGUUGCCUUAACAAACGCCUAUGGCGUUAGUUUGGGCGGAAGCUUGGGAGGUUUGGGAGGAGGCCUAAAUGUUGGUUUAGGCUCUGGAGGUGGUUAUGGCGGCCAUAAUCAUGGUGGUAUAGGCGGUGGUUUUGGCGGGGCUAGUUCUUCUAGUUUUGCUUCUGCUUCAUCUUCUGCCUCUGCUGGAGGCUUUGGCGGUGCUGGUCAUGGUCAUGGCGCUGCUGGCAGUUAUGGCGGCAGCGGCUCUUAUGGUGGUGGUAUUGGAAGUUCGUCCACAUCAUCAUCUGUAUCUGCUGGUGGUUCUAUUGGCGGAGGCCACAAACAUGGUCACAAAGGAAAUGCCUUUGGUCAUGGUGCUGGUGCAUCUGGUUCUGCUGGUUUAGGCCUUGGUCUAGGUCUUGGCAAUGGCAAUGCUUUUGGUCACCAAGGUGGUGCUUUUGGCUCUGCUGGUGCUGGUCAUGGUCUCGGUAAUGGAAACGGCAAAGGAAAUGCUCAUGGACACCAUAAAGGAGGUUCUGGUUCAGUUGGUUUAGGCGGUGGUUAUGGUGCCGGUCACUCAUCUGGUGCCAAUCUAGGCGGAGGCUUAGGUAUUGGUGGUGGUCAUGGUCAUAGUGCUGGUGGUUCAUCACACACCUCCUCUUCUACAACAAGUACAGUAAGUGGUGGCUUUGGAGCUGCAGGUGGUCACAAAGGUGGUUAUGGUGCCGGAGGAUCCAUUGGAGGCGGUCAUGGCCAUUCGGGCAGUUCGACAGCAGGUGCUUCAGCUGGUGCUAGCGGCAGUAUUGGUGCUGGUUUAGGUGCCGGUCAUGGUGGUCAUGGUCAUAAUGCUGGCGGUUCAUCUCAUACCUCCUCUUCUACAACAAGCACUGUAAGUGGUGGCUUUGGUGCUGCAGGUGGCCACAAAGGUGGUUAUGGUGCCGGAGGAUCCAUUGGAGGCGGUCAUGGCCAUUCGGGCAGUUCAACAGCAGGUUCUUCAGCUGGUGCAGGCGGCAGUAUUGGUGCUGGUUUAGGUGGCGGUAUUGGUGGAGUUCACAAAGACAGUCAUGGCGGACAUGGUCACUCUCAUGGUCAUGGGGUACAUGGACAUGAACAUGGUGCUGGUCAUGCUGCUGGCGGAUCAUCAGGCGGUUCAGCCGGAGGAAGCUUUGGUGCUGGUCACAAUGGUGUUCAUGGUGCUGGAGGCUCCAGUGUAGGCAGUGGCUUUGGAUCGGGUAGUGGUGGUCAUGGUGGCAGUCACACGACAGGUGGUAGUAGCUCUACUCAUACCUCAUCUGGAAGUGCCGCAGCUGGAGGUAGCUUAGGUGGUAGUAUUGGAGGUGGUCAUAAAGGCGGUUAUGGUGCUGGUCAGUCUGGAUCAUCAUCAACUAGUGGCUCUAAGGUAACUGGUCAUGGAACUGGCCAUAGUUCUGGAAGUGCUGGAGCUAAUGGAAAUGCUGGAGCUGGUGCAGGCAUUGGUGGUGGUUUUGAUAGCGGUUCUAUUUCCAAGGUGAAUUCUGGUUCCCUAAGCUCAGGUGCUUCAGCCGGAGCUGGUGCAAAUGCUGGUCUUGGAGUUGGAAUUGGAGGUGGUCUUUCUGGAUCUCAGGGUUCCAGUGGAUCAUUUGGUUCUUCCGGUUCAUCAGGAUCUUUGAGCUCAGGCAGUGCUGGUGCUUCAGCAGGAGCUGGUAUUGGUGGUGGUCUUUCGGGAUCACAGGGAUCGUCUUCCAGUGGAGCAUUUGGUUCUUCCGGUUCUUCUGGUUCUUUGAGCUCAGGCAGUGCUGGUGUUUCAGCAGAUGCUGGUGCUAAUGCCGGUCUUGGUGUCGGUAUUGGUGGUGGUCUUUCUGGCUCACAGGGAUCUUCUGGUUCUUCAGGUUCCUUUGGAUCUUCUAGUGCUAACGCUGGUCUCGGAGUUGGUAUUGCUGCUGGACUUUCUGGUUCAAAAGGAUCCUCUUCUAGUGGAUCAUUCGGUUCUUCCGGUUCAUCUGGAUCUUUGAGCUCUGGCAGUGCAAAUGCUGGUGCUGGAGCUAAUUCUGGUCUCGGAGUUGGUAUUGGUGCUGGACAAGGAUCAUCUUCUAGUGGAUCAUUCGGUUCUUCAGGAUCAUCUGGAUCUUUGAGCUCAGGUAGUGCAAAUGCUGGUGCAAAUGCCGGUCUUGGUUUUGGUAUUGGUGCUGGUCUUUCUGGAUCAAAGGGAUCAUCUUCUAGUGGAUCAUAUGGAUCAUCCGGUUCAUCUGGUUUAGUGAGCUCAGGUGGUGCAAAUGCUGGUGCUUCAGCAGGUGCCAACGCUGGUCUAGGAGUUGGUAUUGGUGCUGGACUUUCUGGCUCACAAGGAUCAUCUUCAAGUGGAUCAUUUGGUUCUUCAGGAUCAUCUGGAUCUUUGAGCUCAGGUAAUGCAAAUGCUGGUGCAAAUUCCGGUCUUGGAUUUGGUGCUGGUCUUUCUGGUUCACAGGGAUCAUCUUCUAGUGGCUCAUUUGGAUCUUCCGGUUCAUCGGGAUCUUUAAGUUCUGGUAGUGCUGGAGCUUCAGCAGGCGCUGGUGCAAAUGCCGGUCUUGGAGUUGGUAUCGGUGCUGGACUUUCUGGUUCACAAGGAUCAUCUUCCAGUGGAUCAUUCGGUUCUUCAGGAUCGGGAUCUUUGAGCUCAAGUGGUGCAAAUGCUGGUGCCUCCUCAGAUGCAAGUGCCGGUCUUGGUAUCGGCCUUGGUGCUGGUCUUUCUGGAUCACAAGGAUCGUCUUCUAGUGGAUCAUUCGGUUCGUCUGGUGCUUUUGGCUCAGGUAGUGCCGGUGCAAAUGCAGGCUCUGAUGUAUCAACCAAGGGCGGUUCAGCUGGUGCAGGUGGAAGUUCAAAUGCUGGUGCUUCAGCUGGCAUUGGUGCUGGUAUUGGUUUAGGAGUUGGCGCAGGUCAUGGUGGUCAACUUUCCGGCAGUUCUGCUGGAUCAUCUGGUGUAUCUGGCGGUUCCACUGGAGGUUACGGAGCUUCUGGUUCCCUGGGUGGUGCUCAUGCUUCUGGAUCCUCAGGUGUCUUAGCUCAUUUAGGUGGAUUAAUUGGAGGUCUUCAUAGUACUGUUCACGGAGCUACCGGAGGCUUAGGAGCUAUACAUGGUAACGCCGCUGGCUCAUCAGGCUCCGGAUCUUUAGGUGGUCUGCUUGGAGGUAUACAUGGCGGCUUCGGUUCUAGUGGAGCCAGUUCUCAAGCUUCUGCUUCGGGCUCUUCAGGUUCUUUUGGUGGCUUAAAUGGCGGUUACGGUUCUGGCCUAUCUGGUUCUUUGGGAGGACAUAGAGGCAGCUAUGGUGGUGCUAGUGCCACUGCUAGUGCAUCCAGUUCCUCUGGUUUUGGUCAUGGAUACGGCCGUUAAACAAACAAAUCUCAUGUUCUUUUAGUAUCGUAAUAAAUAAAAGUUGUAUGUUUAAGGCAUUUUGUUAACGAAAUAAAUAUUUUUUAAAGAAAUUA